CAAAACACACUCUUCUUUUUUCAAUCCAGAAUUUAAUUCUCUCCUCUCCUUCAAGCAAAGUUGCUCACUCUUUCUCUUUCUCCGCCUUUUAUUUAUUCUUUCUUUCUGUUGGUUUCUUGAUUUCCGUGUACCUUUUUCAAAUCCCCUUCAACAAAAACAAAAAUGGGAUAUUCCCCAAGUAGUUGUACCAACUCUGCAGCUUCUUCAUCAAACACUCAAACUUUAGCCAUUGACACUGAUCGCUAUGAUCUAAGCAUAAAAUCUUUAAUUUACAAAAUGAUUUGGGAUUUGGGCUUGGCGUGUAUCAUCCCACCUCGACGGCGUCGAAUUUCUGUCAAGACUGAACAAAAUGAUGACAAAAAUGGCAAAAAUUUGGAGCAUAAUAAAACAUGGUUACUUGCUGAGGCUGGAGGAUGUGGUGGUCCUGCGUUGAUUAAUUCUGACCCACAUUCUGUUCAUUCUUCGUUUAGGUUCACUUUGUGUACUCAAGUUGAGGUUGAGUCAGUGAAUUUGAGUAACAGCUGUUCUUCUUCUUCUGCUGCUACUGUAUUGAUGGUGAAUUUGGAGAAUGGGUUAACUGAUGAUUCUAAGUUGAAAGAGAUGAAAUGGAGGCAAGUUGAGUCCUUAGAGCGGAACAUUUCUCCUGUUGUUCACUCGUUGAUUAGGUUCAAGUACAAUGAUAUUGUUUCUGCUACUAGAAAUUUUUCUAAAGGCAGAGUUUUGGGAAGAGGAGCAUUGAGCUAUGUUUUUCGAGGAAGAGUGGGAUUUUUGAGCACUACAGUGGCAAUCAAGCGUUUAGAUAUGAAGGAUGAGGAGUCUCCAAAGGCAUUUUGUAGAGAAUUGAUGAUUGCUAGUUCUCUUCAUAACCCAUAUAUUGUUCCUCUUGUGGGGUUUUGCAUUGAUCCAGAGAAGGGUUUAUUUCUUGUGUACAAAUAUGUAUCUGGUGGAAGCUUAGAGCGGUAUUUGCAUGGGAAGAAGAGGGGAGGUAAAGGUGUUCCAGCACUUCGAUGGUCUGCUAGGUAUAAGGUGGCUGUAGGCAUUGCAGAGUCAAUUGGGUAUUUGCAUAAUGGGACAGAGAGAUGUGUUGUUCAUAGGGACAUCAAACCGUCAAACAUUCUUCUUUCAUCCAAGAAGAAACCCAAGUUGUGUGACUUUGGCUUGGCUACAUGGACUCCUGCACCUUCAGUACCUUUCCUUUGUAAAACUGUUAAAGGAACAUUUGGGUACUUAGCCCCAGAAUAUUUUCAGCAUGGUAAAGUUUCUGAUAAAACUGAUGUUUAUGCCUUUGGAGUUGUCCUAUUGGAGCUAUUGACGGGACGGAAGCCAAUAGAAACGAUAAGAGGACCAGGAGAAGAAAACUUGGUUUUGUGGGCUAAGCCACUGUUGCAGCAAGAUGUUCUUCAAAAGUUUCUUGAUCCAAGACUUAAAAUCCCGCAAAAGAAUUUGCACCAAAUAUGUUGGAUGAUUCAAGCAGCAGCUUCAUGUAUUCACAGUGAGGAAUCUCGAAGGCCUGACAUUGAUGAAAUCAUCGACAUGUUGAGAGGCAGAGAAUCUGACUCCAACACAAAGGACAUUUUGCCCGGAAACAACUGUAUGAUCGAUUCUCACUACCAAUUUCAGCAGAUUAGAAGUGAAAUGAAGAGUCAUUUAGCCUUGGCAAUGCUAGGAGUUGCAGAAUUUGAUGACGAUGACCUUUAUCGUUGAAACAAAUGGGUGAAUCUGAAGUUUUAUCUCUAUUGCCAUUGCCCCAUUCAACUUGACAGGAAGUAAAUUAUAGCUGGACAACUGAUAACCUCUUUAACUAGUAGAUAAAAGCACCAGCCUAAUUGAAGAAUUCUGUGUUUGUGUUUGUACAUACUGAUUUUUUGUCCCCUACUCUUAAAGGUAAAAUUAUGGCAGUUUCUGUUUUUCAAGAUUA